CAUCGUUGCCUGCUGGACUGAGACCCCGUCCUACGAUUUCCUCAGGACUCGUGCCAGUGUCCCGCACCACGCACAAGGUCUCUGAAGUAGGAAACAUUGGAGCAACACCAGUGCGUGCAUCGCUGCCGUCCACAGCCUCCCCUGCACUACCUCCAUCCACCACUAGUCUGUGCUCUUGCCCUCCAGUCCCGCAGCAAGCAUGGAAAGGGUGCAGCACAUGACCCGUUCAGCGAUCCGCAGGGCGUCCAACAUCGAGGUGAACCCCCAGACCAAGCAGAACCUGCGAGAGCUCUUCAUCAACUUCUCCCUCAUCCUCGUCUGCCUGCUUCUCAUCUACAUCAUUGUUUUGCUCUUGUGA